UUAUAAAUGCUUUUAAUUGAAUUUUAUAGAAAUUUAAGGGUGAUAUUAAACUUCAAUCUUAUCAAAUACUUUUAUUUUGUAAAAGGGAAUUUUACUUAAAGUAGGGAACUGAGUUGAACAAAUGUUUGACACCCUUCUUAAGUCUUAUUUUUACAAUCUUUUCGUGGUUGCUUGAGGUCUGGAGGGUGUAUUGGAAUUUGAAGUGAUUAAAUAUAUUUAUCGUUAACGAUAUAAAUUAUAAUGGCAGCAUUUGUGCGCUCCAUUCGGCCUGUAAUGCCAAUGUUUAGCAGACAGCUGCCAUCACUGGUAGCCAGACGUAAUUAUGCCGACGAGAUGUCGUUCACGUUUGCUGCUGCAAAUCAAGUGUUCUACGACAGUGUUUCUGUGAAGCAAGUAGACGUGCCGUCAUUUAGCGGCGCUUUCGGUAUACUGCCGAAACACGUCCCUACGUUGGCUGUUCUGAAACCCGGGGUGGUUACAGUUUACGAAAACGACGGCAGUAAUAAGAAGAUAUUUGUGUCGAGUGGCACAGUUACCAUCAACGACGACAGCUCUGUUCAGGUGCUGGCUGAAGAGGCCUGCCCCGUGGAACAUUUGGAUGCGUCUGCAGCCCGAGAUGUAUUAAGCAAGGCUCAAAGUGAACUAUCGUCUGCCAGUACGGAACAAGCGAAAGCAGAAGCUGCAAUUGCAGUUGAAGUGGGCGAGGCUUUAGUCAAAGCUGCAGAAUAGUUGCAUGAUUUCAAGUUUGUACUGUCCUCGUAUUCCUAGUAUUUGCUAUGAUUGUGUAAUUAAUUAAUUUGUGUCAUAUUCUGUAAAUCUGUUACAAAGUAUAGCAGUUUUCUGUUAA